AUGGCCACCGAAACCAGCAACGACCCAAAAUCCGUCUACGAUUUCACUCUCAAGGAUGCUAAGGGAAAUCAUCUAGAUCUUGCUACUUACAAGGGAAAAGUUCUUCUCAUUGUUAAUGUUGCUUUCAAAUGUGGCAUGACCAAUUCAAAUUAUGUGGAGUUGAAUCAACUAUAUGACAAGUACAAACUAAAAGGCUUUGAGAUUCUGGCAUUUCCAAGUAAUCAAUUUGGUGAGGAAGAACCUGGAACCAAUGAUCAAAUAUUGGAUUUCGUCUGCACCCGCUUCAAAUCAGAAUUCCCCAUCUUUGAUAAGGUAUUUGUUUGGUGA